UUUUUGGGGUUCGUCUCUGUUGUGAAGGUAAACUUCCCAUUAGUAACGACAUUAAACAGGAUAUGUGGUAAAUACAUCUCUAGGAGUCCUACAGAAAGCAUCAUGGAUGAAGGAGAUGCAACUCUCCGGCAUCAGUUCCAAGUUCUACAGGAACAGCAGCAGAAGAAGCUGAUGCGAAUGAAACAGAGGCAAGAAGGCAAGACAGCCAAGAAGGAUGGUUCCGGCUCCAAGUCAGAAGAGGUCCAAGGUGGUGAUAGUCAGAUGAAUGGAUUUGGAGUACAGGAUGAUCUAGGCCUAAAGCUGAGUGACCCAGUCACAAAGAAUGCAAUGUACCAGGAACAUAUAAAUGAGGAGUUAUCUGAUAACAUUAGGGAGUUGAAAGAUGAGACUGGACGGCUGUAUAAACUUCUCAGUGAAAGGGACUAUGAAAUUAGGAAACUAAAAAAACAGAGAGAGCAGGACAGACUCGCUCUAGGAGGAGGUGGGGUUGCCAAUGAGAAUGCUGCAACAAGGAUUGUGGAGCUCUCCAAGAAAUCUAGGGAGCUGACAGCUGAACUGGAGAGUGAGAAGUCCAAGAAUAGACAACUCACCCGCAAAGUCAGAGAUUUAGAGGUAGAGAUCAGUCGUGGUGCAGGCACAAGCAGACCGAGACCCCCAAGUCCUACAGAAGAGCAGGCUGCUGCAGUACAGGCCGAGCUGAAGGCAGGCCAAGAUAAACUUAGCCAGGCCAAUGCUAAGAUGGGUGAAUGGCGUACUCAGAUAGCCAGCCUAAAACAGGAGCUCAAAGUAUGCCACAGGGUCCUGAGCAGUGAGAUAGGAGACAAUGUCAACAUCCAAUCUCUGCUCAACCAGCCCAGCGGAUGGAAGGGAAGGGCUCAGCAGAUACUCUUGCUUCAAACAAAGGUGGAGAGGCUAAAAUCUCAAGCUAACCAGGUGCAGGGUAUGAGACCAGGUACAGAAAUGAGCCUCGAGGAUCAGUUCAUGACCAUGGAUAUCACAGGGGACGCUCUCUCUGCACCGGUACAGAGGACCAGCAAACCUUCCAUCGAUGAGAAGCAAAGAAACAGGGUCAGGCAACUGGAGAAAGAAAAGAGAGAAGCUAAAGAAAGAGUGAGUAAUGAGCUGAAAGCCCUAGAACAAGACCAUGCCCGGUUGAAGAACAAGAUGGAUGCCUGCAAGGCUCGUAACAGGGUUCUCUCAGAAGAAAUAAAGGGGCUCAAGCAACAGGUCGCUAGAUGCAUGGAUAAAGGCAAACAUGAUGAUGAACUUAUUGAGGCCCUACUGAAACAACAGAGCCAGCUGAAGCAGUCGUUGGAUGAGUUAAAUAACAAGGACCAGCAGAGCGUUGAGCAGCGGGUACGUGACAACCACAGCCUACACCAGCAUGCACAGAGGGAAGCCAAUGCCAUGGAACAGCUCCGCAUCAUCGUCAUGGAGAAGGAGAAGAAGGUCAAGGCUUUGGAGGAGGAGAUUAUUGAGAUGAGAAGACAGAAGCAGCAAAUGAAUGGUCUUGAUAGACCCCCAUCUCAUCAGGGUUUCAGCCUUGAAAACAGACCUCCGUCUAGCCAGGGGUUUGUCCUCAACCCAGCGGCCACGCCCAUCAACAGACCCCCCUCAUCCAGCGGUAGGAGGACCCGUGUCCUCAGCAACACUUCACCAGUGCCUCCUCCUUCAAGACAAGGAGCACGCACAUUGUCCCAGCUGAGCAAUCGUAGCGGAUCAAGGCAGAGUACUGGAGACACAGAUCUACCUCCCAGAGGGUCUCCUUUACGCUCCAUCCGCCCUGCAAGCACGGGGAGUGUAGCAUCAUCAUAUUCUCAUGAAGCGAUAGACUCUCUGAAGCUACAGUGCCAGGAGCUUCAGUCACUCAGCCAAGCAGCAGAUGUAGAGAGGGAAAAACUUCUCGAACUGGUCGCUGUUCUACAGAAAAGAUUCGAAGAGACCUCCACAAAAGCAGCCGACUCCCAGAACAGCCUCCAUGAGCUCAAACAGAAGAAUGUUUGGCUAGAAAAACAACUUGGUAGAGCCAAAAUGGAGAGUGGAAAAGGUGGAAAAUCAUCUUCAGCACUCAUCUCUAAUAAGUCUUCAACAGGAUUGCUAGGGGUUGAGGAGUUACUCAGGGAUGGCAUCCCGAUUUCACAAGACUCUGUGGAUUCAUUGCAGCAGAGACUCGCGAUCCAAGUGGAUGAGAAUGACGCCCUGAAGACCGCUCUCCACAGCACCCUCAAGGCCAAAGAAGAAGACCUGAAGCUCUACCAUCAGAUGAUGGAUCAGACCAAGAAGGUCUUUCUACAGGGACUCAGACAGUUUAGACAGCAGAGCAGUGCUGGUAGCAGUAGUACCCAACAACAAUCGAGCUAGCAAGAUCAAAUUUGAGUUUGUUCGAUUCUGCAGUGAUUGAAGAGAAAAAACAAUUUGUGCAAUUUAUUAAGUGGUGUAGAUUUUAUAUGAUCAUAUAGCCUGUGCUUCUGGUUUAUCUUUCCCUGAUGUUCUUAAGUUUUCUAUUCAUAUUGCUUUCUUUGUCAUCUUUGUUCUUCUCUAAUGGUCUUCUUCUUCUUUUCCAUGUAUCUGUGUACCCAUCUGUCACUCAAACCUGCCCUUUAUCUUUUCUUCUCCUCUCUCUUUUCCUUUCUAUGACAAUUCUCUUCUUUCAUUCUCUGCAAUUCUCUAUCCUUGUAUCAUAUGUUCUUCCUUGGUUAUUUUUAUGCCUCCGCCACCGAAGGUGGUGCCGGAGGCAUCAUGUUUUCGGGUUGUCCGUCCGUACGUCCGUCCCGUUUGACCG